AUGAGCUCCACCGACAAUUCCAAGGCAACCAGCCUUCCCGAAAAGCUUGUUGGAAAAAAGAGGCUUCGAACAGCACGUGCUUGUGAUCUGUGCAAACGAAAAAAGAUCAAGUGCCACUUCAUUCCUGGCCAAUCAUGUUUCAACUGCCAAGGAUACAACGUUCCAUGCGUAUUCACUGAAGGACCGCCUCAAAAGCGAGGAGUACCGAAAGGUUAUGCAGAGAAACUCGAACAACAAAUCGCUACAUUGCAACAAAAGAUCCACGCCUUAUCUGGAUCCAACGACAUUGAUCGAUUAUUGGACCAAUAUCAGCAGCAGCCAAGGAAACGAGUAGUGGAUGAUCAUGGCAACGGACAUGGCAACAACGAUGGCGAUGAUGAUGAUAAGAGUCGACCCGCAAAGCUUUCGGAUUCGUUUGUUGAAGAGUUGGAUGCACUACAUUCUCGACAAUAUCCACCAGGUGUCCGUUAUGACAGCGUCAAAUAUCUCGGUGAUCUUGACAACUUUUUGUUCUUUUCAAACAAGCUGCGGCUACACGACAAUAACAAGGGAUUGAAGUGGAAAGGCCAUUAUCUACGUAGAGUGGGAAAUGACAUUGUGCUUGUGGAAGACAAUUCAAAUAUCGAUUCUACGGUGGAAGAUAAGGUGCCUCGUAUCAAUUGGAAACCAAUGUCCAUCUCCCGUUUACCAAGGAGCAUCCAUCAUUAUGUCCUUACGGCAACAGGGCUUGAUCAAUAUACCAGUGCACGGCUUUUGAAAAUCUACUUUGCCAAUGUGCAUCCAAUCCUGCCUGUGAUUGACAAGGGGGAAUUUCUUUUACAAUAUCGCGAUAAGAUUGCCAGCUAUCCUCAAGUGUGUCUUCUUUUAUCCAUGUUUGGAGCUGCUGCACGUUUUGCUGAAUGUGAAAGUUUGGAUGAGGAACGACGACGGCGCGUACCACCUGAUGCACGAUGGGAUAUGCCAGUGGGAUGGAGUGAUCACUUUUUCGAAAAGGCAUUAAAGAUCAUCUCGGAUGGUAUCAAUCAACCCACGUUGGGCAAGAUACAAGCCUUGGUGUUGAUCCAGAAUCAAAGAGCCAAUGUGGAUUCCGAGUCAUCCGCCAUUUGGCUUAUGGGAGGAUUUGCUCAAGGAUUAGGAUUACAUCGAAAUUGUGAGCAUUGGCCUAUCCCCGACAAUGACAAGCAAUCGAGGUAUAGAACAUGGUGGGCACUCUAUGUAUGUGAUCGAUUUCAAGCUGCCUUGCAUGGUCGACCAUUGACGAUUGUGGAUGAGGAUAAUGAUGUACCCUAUCCCGAGGUCAAUGUCAGCUGGAAGGAGGUAUUGGAUGAACCGGACAGCGAUGACAAUGAUGAAUGGCCUGGUCCUCGAUUUCCUUCAGCGACGUAUCGACCUGCAUCCAUAGAGGGGAGCGUACGUUUCAAUAUCAUCUUCCUACAACUUGUCAAGUUAUCAGAAAUCUUGGGUCGAAUAUGGCGUGGAUUGCACACCUCCAAAGCAAAGCAGCAAAGUUACAUGCAUGGCAGUGAUAGCAUUGUGAGACGACUUGAUCAAGAAUUAACUGAAUGGCGCUUCUCAUUCAGCCACGCUAUCAAGGAAGAAUCCAACAACUUUGCCGAUUUUAAUGAAAGCAAUGGCUAUUUUGCUGGCGUAAUUGGAUCAACGUUGAUGUUUUAUUUUACGGCGCUUAUCCUCUUACAUCGACCUUUUAUCAAGGCGAAUCCCACUGAUCAAUCAUCAUUUUGGAUUUGUACAAGUGCAGCAACACGUGGCAUUCGCAUGGCAUCAUUGCUUACAGCACACGAUUUCCUUUUGACACCUUACUCCUUCAGCACAUACCCUAUUUUACAAUGCAGCCUUAUCCUGAUGUACAACACAAAGAACAGCGAUCCACAAAUAGCACAAGCAGCCAAAGAGGAUUUACAACGAGGCAUCGAUCUCAUUGACCGAAUACAUGAAUUAUCCAUCACGACACGCAAACUCAGGGUAUUGCUGCACAACAUCAUCGACAAUCGAAAUAUCGAUCAUCACUUCAUGGACGACCAUCAUUACAACCCUCCUUAUCCACAUGUCAUUCCACCUGUAUCCCACAACGAUCCCAUCUCAUCUACACAACAAGCAUCAAUACCAUCAUCAUCACAAUUACCACCUGCAACACAGGAUGUUGCAUCCAUCAUUGAUACAUUCUUACUACAACAAGACAUGACUUUUGGUGACACCAUACCAGCACCAAGCAUUACGAAUCCGGAAGAAGCAUUUACACUGCAACAAUUUAAUUUCCUGGCAUCACAAGCUCAAGAUUUACCUGCAUUACCCAACUUUAGAAACGAACCCAGUAAUCCGUUUUGGGAUAUACCAUCUUCCAUUGAUUGGGGCGAAUGGGCUGAAUGGCAUCAUUAUCACGCACAAAACUUGUCAGCAUGGGAUCAAACAUCAUGA